UCCACUGUCACGGUGCCCAAAAUGCUGAUGACCUUGGUGUCUCCAAGCGGGAGGACUAUCUCCUUCCACAGCUGCGUGACUCAACUCUACUUUUUCCACUUCCUGGGGAGCACCGAGUGUUUCCUCUACACGGUCAUGUCCUAUGAUCGCUACCUGGCCAUCAGUUACCCGCUCAGGUACACCCGCAUGAUGAAUGGGAGCAGGUGUGCCCUCCUGGCCAUCGGCACUUGGCUCAGUGGCUCUCUGCACUCUGCUGUCCAGACCAUAUUGACUUUCCAUUUGCCCUACUGUGGACCUAACCGGAUCCAGCACUACUUCUGUGACGCACCACCCAUCCUGAAACUGGCCUGUGCAGACACCUCAGUCAACGAGAUGGUCAUCUUUGUGAACAUUGGGGUAGUGGCCUCGGGCUGCUUCCUCCUGACAGUGCUGUCCUACGUGUCCAUUGUCUGUUCCAUCCUGCGGAUCCACACCUCAGAGGGGAGACGCAGAGCCUUUCAGACCUGUGCCUCCCACUGUAUCGUGGUCCUUUGCUUUUUUGUUCCCUGUGUUGUCAUUUACCUGAGACCAGGUUCCAGGGACAUCAUGGAUGGAGUUGUGGCCGUUUUCUACACUGUGCUAACACCACUUCUCAACCCUGUAGUGUACACCCUGAGAAACAAGGAAGUGAAGAAAGCUGUGUUGAAACUGAGAGACAAAGUAGCAUAUUCUCAGGAAGAAUAG